AUGUGGGUUGCGAGGGUCGGUGGAAGUCUCCAUUUUGGAGAGCUCGCGGCUUGCGAGAGCCGUUAUAUGUGUCUUGUAACCAUCGUGCUGGAUGAUCAAAAGGCUUCGUUGAAAGCUCGUCUCCCUCGGUCGCAAGGCUGGACCUCGGCAAACAGCUUCUCCAGAUUUGUCAACAACGACCCACUUCAUACCCCGCGUGCUUUACUACGCAACUCCACAGCUGUCAUUGCGAUGAGCGGCAAUAUCCACACUCUCGCCACCCCAGCCCUCCAACCCUUGUGGACGUCUAGAGUACAAUAUCCACCCUUCCGCAUAACAGCCAUGCCUCUCCCAUCAGACCCUCGCGUCGCCUUGCACACCGAAGGUAAGAUCGCCUACAUCAGAAUCAACAUCCCCGAGAAGCUCGGCGCCCUGACUCAAGAUCUCUGCUACCGUCUCGCAUGUCUCAUGCGCGAGGUAGCAAAGCGCGACGACAUAUUCAUCACAAUCUUGACGGGCACAGGCCGCUACUUCUCCGCCGGCGCCGACGUCUCAGUCGGCCGCUCCCUCUCCGAGCACGCCGACGUACGCCGCGAGAGCUUGCGCAGUUUCGUGUCCAACAACCUAGAGGUCGCGAACGCAUUCUACACCCAUCCGAAGAUCCUCGUCACCGCGCUCAAUGGGCCCGUCAUAGGUCUCUCCGCCGCCCUUGUCGCGCACUCUGAUUUCAUAUACUGCACGAGGUCUACCUUUCUCCUCACGCCCUUUACUUCGCUCGGGCUGGUAGCAGAAGGUGGAGCCAGCCAUGCGUUUGUGCAGCGCUUGGGUAUCAGUAAAGCGAACGAGGCGCUGAUCAUGAGCAAGCGCAUCACCGCUGAGGAAUUGUUGCACACUGGCUUUGUCAACAAGAUCUUCGACACGGGCAAGGAUGACCAUGAGAAGUUCUUUGCCGAAGUAAUGAAAGAGGUGCAUGAUCGCCUUGGAAGCCAUCUUAACAGCGAGUGCUUGGUGAAGGUGAAAGAGCUGAUUCGCAGACCGGAGCGCCAGACUUUGGAUUCGCAGAACGUUGCAGAGGUUUUUGGAGGAUUGGAGCGUUUUGCCGCUGGAAUCCCGCAAGAGGAGUUUCGCAAAAUUGCCAGUGGGGAGAAGCGUCACAAAUUGUGA